UGGACGCACCGUGGGCCAUCGCGUGACAGCUGCUCUGCCCAUUAGACGAGUCAUGUCGGAGCAGUUAGCUACCGUGGCGGCCAUGUCGUGUAUGAAGAUGCUGCUGAUGCUCUUCAACGUCUGCUUCUGGGUCAGCGGCCUGGUGAUCCUCGGCAUCGGCAUCUGGAUGCAGAUCAGCCUCUACAAGUACGUGGAGGUGUCGCCCGAGUUCUCCGCCUCCGUGCCGUACGUGUUCAUCGCCAGCGGUGGACUCAUCAUCCUGCUGGGCACCUUCGCCUGCUGCUGCACCGUCAAGAGCCAGCCCGUCCUGCUCUACAUCUAUUCGUUCUUCCUGCUGUUGGUGUUCUUCGUGGUGCUGGCCGCCGGCAUCUCGGCCUACGCCUACCGACGCAAGCUCUCCCACGGAUUCCAGGACGGUCUUAGGGACGGUCUUCAGGAGUACGGUGUUAACACGGACAAAAUGGCCGCCAUCGACGCUAUCCAGUCCACGCUCAAGUGCUGCGGCAUCAACGGCACGUCCGACUGGAACAACACGCCGUACGCGCGCUCGCACGGCACGCCCGCCUACCCGGCCUCCUGCUGCGCCAAGUGGGACGACACCCGCUGUACCACCGUCCACGACAGCGGCUGCUACAAGGUGGUGAUGGAUUUCUUCUACACCAACAUUGGCAUCAUCGCCGGCGCUGCGAUUGGACUCGCCUUCUUCCAGGUGAUUGGAAUCACGCUGGCAUGUCUGCUAGCCAAGAACGCCAAGCGGGCCCACUACCAGCAAGUAUGAGGGUCUGCCCACCCCGGCUCGCACGAGCUCGCCCCAGCCAAUGGCCCCAACUGACAACUAGCGCCAUCUCUGACCGACCUGACACGUCACGGCCAACAAUUGUAGGCGGAGAAACCGACGCAGAAACCGCACAUCAGAACCAAGCCAGCCCAACAGAGGAGUGUGCUGCAUCAAUACCCCCAAAUCAGAGCUGCAUUUGGAAUGGUAAAGCUGGAAAAUGCAUGCAACGAAUUUACCGAGGUGCGCUUUGUGGCAAACGGACAUUUUCUGUACCUCUAAGAGAACAGCGUCAUCCAAAUUGCAUCAAAUCAAUGACGACCGAGGUUUAGCCGGAUCCUAUUUUGGUGGCGGCUGUACUUGAUCUCCAAUGCUAGCUGCAUGCAAGACCAUUCCGAGUGAUGCUUACAUAACCAUUCGUAGAUAAUUCAAGCCUCAGCAAACAUUAUCACUCCUGCGAAAUAGUGCGUUUCUCACAGGGGCUUCACGUGCCGAAUAGAACACUGGUCAUGCGGCGUUUAUCUUGCAACCACUUGCUCUCAAUGUGUCUAACGGAAACUCCAAAAUCAUUAGCGGAUUAACAAUGAACACAAAUUAACAGUCAGUCCGCUCUAUUAAUAAUGGGCAAAGCAGCUGACACCGUGAUGCAUAUAAAGUGAAAAAAUUAUACACGUUACAUCCAUGUCUGCAACGCAGGAUUAUACUGGCAAUUGGCAACUGACGGCUGGCGAACAAUGGCAGUUGCUCGGAACAAAAUCCUGGCAAUGUAUUUGCAUAUGGCACAAACCAGUGGCCGACCAAUGUACUUGUACACAGCACAGGGCAGUCCCAUUACAGCGACGCACGUAUACCCCGUGAGUAGCACGGGGCAGUCGACACGGUUUGUUCCGUUCUCGCGCGGUGGUAGAUAUCCCGCGCCCUGCAGGGAGGACGGAACGGAUAUCAUUGGCAGAGGACAGACGGGUGAUGUGGACUGAGCUGUGUCGGGGUGGGUCGGAGGUGGCGGUGGGGUUCGACAUCGGGCUGAGGCGGGGAGACGCGAGAGCGGCUCCACCCGGGGACGUGACAGCGGAUCUAUCAGAUAUGCUCCGUGUGAUAAUACUGUGCUUUGUCUGUGACGAAACGUUUUGCCAAACCACGCGCGUAGCAGGCGGCACCUUCGCAAUGUCGUUGAUUUCACGGUGUAUCAUGAAACUUACGAAAACAGGUGUGAAAACCAAUUUUAUGUUCUCUUCAUUGAAUAUGCAAUUAUGAAUGUGAAUAUAGCUUUCGAUGUAAGUCGCGACCAGCCUCUAGUUUGCAUGAGUCGUGCGAAUGCCGGUCUGUGAAAUGUUUGGUGUUGAGCAAGCGGGAUGCCUGUUACCGCUUCAGAAAACAUUCGUAUCUUAGAUUGGAGCAAGCUCACCUCUUGUGAUGCAAGCACUGACAAUCUAGUGUACAUUUAACCGAUGUUAUGCAGGCGAUGUAUUCCGCUGUGUUUCACUUUUCCUGGACGCUGCUAGCCAACGUUCCAUCGCGACAUAAGUCCAGGGCUCGUCUAAUAGGGUGGUUCGUAAAACUCUACUUGUAAAUAUCUGUAUUUUGCUAGUUACGGGAUAUCGGUGGUGGUUAAGGCGUUGUGUGUACGGAUAUGGUCUGUGAGCACACAACUACGAGGGUUCGCUGACAGGUUAUGUAAAGGUAUCAAACGUAUAGUUCACGUGAACUCGCUCCUUUGUAGCACUAAAGAACAGCCAGGAAUGAUUUGGCUGGCAUCCCUGCAAGUAAACGCUGGUGCACCCGCUCACCAAGAAAAACAAUGUUCAUCAAUGCGUGACGUCCGGCGGUGCCGAAGUGUGCUGAGAGCAGUUUGUGAAGCACCCACGAGCUCCACUCUCUGGCCAGGGAAGGCUCGUGUUUGAUGUGUUGGUGAACAUCUUACCGGAACUCUCGAGAGCACUGUUUAGAUGUUACCGUUUCGACACGAUCAUGGCCUCGGGGAAUCCUAGACCUACACUGUGUGCAUCGUAGAUUUGUCGUUGGACUUAUUGAGGGCAUUCGCGCAAGAUCAACUCGAUCUCUCCCUGCUGCGGCUUAUCAGCCUGGUCCUUCUGAACGUGUUGAGCGUUUUGUACAAUUUCUAAAGUGCAUCUCAGGAUAGGUUUUGCAUGUUCGUGAGAGCUCCGAUCUCAAUGGUACCGCCGUCUUUACCUUUUGCAUUACCAUUUUAUUCACUACGUAAAUACAUGUUUGGGACAUUUA